UCACCGUGGAAAGAUGUCUGCGGAUGAUUCCAUCACACCUCAAGACGAAAUUUUACAGGAAAAGCAGAAAAUCUGUUUAUUUCUUGCGCAUGGAAAUAUAUUUGUAUGGAAUCCCAAUGAUGUGUGUACCUUGCGAGAACGUCACCGUAUUGUCGGGACUCUUGUCGGGUGCCUUCCUCGUCUGCCGCGUCAGAAUGCGCACCUUGGCAUACCUUUACAGCUGAUGAAGGAGGAAGCUUCACUGCUACUAGAGACAGGUGUCUGUCGCUUGAUAGAUGACACCAAACCUUUGAUGUCACCCAAACCUGCACAGGUGAGCUGUUUUCAGGAGCUUCGGAGAAAUCAACAUCAAGAACAGAUUGAGAUGUACAGGGAAGAAAGAAGAGAAGAGAUGCGCAGACACCUUCCAAAAAUUCUUGAGGGGCGGAAGGCCAAGAAGAGGAAACUAAAGGAGUCGCAGAAGAGCUAUGAAGAGUCAGGAAGUACGGCAGAAGAGGAGGAGGAAGUCAGCUUUGAUGUUGAGAGUGUGAACAUACCAGCGAUCUCCACUGACCAUACAAUGGUGCAGUUGUUCACAGAGAACCCCUGGAGAGAGAAAAGGACAGAGGUCGCUGUUGAGUGGAAUUUCCCAUUAAGUGAACAGGAAGUGAUGCGCUGUCAAGUUUUCAGGGACUUGUGGGAGAGAGGCUAUUUUCUGACAUCAGGCUGCAAGUUUGGUGGAGAUUUUCUGGUGUACCCUGGUGAUCCAUCAAGGUACCACGCGUUUUUCAUUGCCAUUUGCAUCCCGCAUCAUAAAAAGAUGGCCGCUAUGGAUGUGGUUGCCAUGGGACGUCUGGGGUCAAAUGUUAAAAAAACUGUUCUGAUUUGCUCGUUCGACACUGAGAAAGACAGUGUGACGUACACAUCUCUGCAAUGGACCGGGAUUGGAUGAUAGAAAAGAGUCAUGAUGGGAAAUGGCAACAUUCUUGGAUAUGGGAGAACAACAGCAGCCAUCUAAACCGUCGUCUCAAUAAUCACACGGCACAACCCAAAUUUGAAAGCUGCAUGAGUACUGCACUUUUUUUUUUUAUCACAUGCAGUGCAUUUCAUGUAAUGCGUUAUUCUGCUUCUCAAGGCCGAUUUUCUUUAAAACGAUAGGACAGACACGUGAACUAUCUGGUAAUAUGCACUUCUCACUGAUUUUGCUUUACAUGAAUGUAGAAUGGCGGGACAAAAGGACAGUGCCAUUUCCAAUUCCACUUUUGUUGUGAGGAGACAAAAAAUAAAUGAAAACAGAUGUAAC